AAUCUUUCUUUCAGGAGAAUAUAAGAGUUGGGCUGGCCAAACUACUGGCCCCUUGAAUCAGUACAGUAUCCUCUGACCAGAUACCAUUUGAAGGUCACAAGCGGGGCCUCUGGGCCACCAUCAUCUCCAGCCAAAAAGUAACAUUUACAGUACACGGAGCACUUUCACAUUUGAUGGCCAUGUUCUCUAAGAAUGUCUCUGCUCUGCCUUGAAGGAGCGUACCAAUUAUCUUGGGGCAGGGUGGGAAGAAGGAAGAAAGUUUUAAAAAUAAGGUCAAAAUACCAUCUUGGUGAACAAUUUAGGACUUAAAGAAAGAGCAGUGGUAGCUUUUACUGACAGGCAUUUAGUCUGUUCUUGGUCUAUGGGAUAGUGUACAUUUUUUAAUAUUUUACAGUUUUAAUAUACUACAUCCUGGAAAUCCAAAGUUCUUGUGGCCUCUUUUGAAUGUACAGUGCAGUAAAAAAAAGAAAAAACCCACUAGAGGCCCUCAAUUUGAUCUCUCUAUCCAAAAGGGGAGCACUGUGAGAUUUGCAAGAUUGGAAUAAAACCAAAUUGUGGUGUGGUAUGAACUUCUAUUUGUCCUGUCACAAGUUAUAACAUAACUUCUAUCUAUUCCCAGUUUUUUUUUCUACAUCAUAAUUAAAUGAUGGUGGAGCAAUUCUUGGGAACCUGGAAACUAAUCUUGAGUGAAAACUUUGAUGAAUACAUGAAGGAACUGGGAAUAAACUUUGCCCAAAGACAACUGGGUUCUCUAGCCAAACCCAAAGUAAUCAUCACUAUGGGCAAAGAUGUUAUCACCAUCAGAACAGAAACUAUCUUUACAGUUAAUGAGAUCUCCUUCCAACUGGACCAAGAGUUUGAGGAAAGAACAAUAGAUAACAGGCUGGCCAAGAGCAUUGUAACAAAGGAUAAUGAUACCCUCAUUCAUAUACAGAAGUGGAAUGGCAACCACACUACUAUCAAAAGAAAAAUAGUAGACGGAAAUAUGGUGUUGGAAUACAUCUUCAAUGAUGUCAUUUCUACCAGGGUCUACAAAAGAGUAUAAGACAAUUCUUUCCCAGGUUACAUUUUCCUGUUUCUUAUUCAAGUGAUGUCAAUGUUAAUUAUGGUGCUUGUAUGCAGAAAGAAUUCCAUACUGAAAUAAGAUUGAAGAGAAAUAAGUCCAACAUCUUAAUCACAAUGUUAUUUGUCAUAGGAUUACUAUUUUCUCAAUGAUCAUAGUUGCUGAACUGAUUCUGAUAGUCUUCUUAAACCAUCCGCAUUGGGAUCCACUAUGCAAGUUAAAAUCAAACCAAUACAGAAUAAAGUAAAACUGUUGGGGUUUUUUUAGCUGAAAAUUAAGGCUCUAUACUAACGUAUAGAGUAACGUAUAUUACUAUACGUUAGAAUCACGCCAGUCUUUGAAGUUUCAUUACACUGCUGAUUCAGGUGUGAUACUAACGUAGAAAUAGAAUGGAAAGAUCAUCAUGAGAAGCCAUGCAUCAGUGAUUGCACAAAAACUUUACUGAAUAGAUCAGAUAGAGUGUGACACACACACGUUUUUAUAUUUUUUAAAAAAUUGAACUUGACAAUAAAUUCUCCAUUUUGAAAUUCAGUUAAGCAUUCUGAUAAAACUACACAACAUGGUAUGUGGAAUUUGAGAAUCUAUCUGGGGAUUAGGAAACUUUUGGGACCAAAGCACUGUUGUUGUUAUACUGCAAAAGUGGAAACCUGUUUGUGACUCCCCAGAAUUCUAAUUGCCCCAUAAUUUAUUGCAUGAUUUUUCCAUAAUUUUGUGGCAUGAAAUAUACAGAGACUGUUAUGUAAGUCCCCUAAGUGGGGAAAAAAUCUAAUCUCGUAAAACUAGGAAAAAAGAUCUUGCUCUAUCUACUUUAUAAUUGUUCUGCUAGUUACAGCCCCCGACAUCUCACAAUCAACCAGAAGUGGCAGAUAUUUCAGUUUAGUCUAUCCAAAAUCAUAAAAUAGCUAGGCAAGACAGAAGCCAUCAUUGUCAGUUGAGAAGAAUAGCAAACUGAAAAGCAGAAGACUCCUUCAGUGUAUUAUAAAUAGGACAACUGUAUUCAUCAGGAAAGCAAAGAGAAGUAUUUGAAAUGAGUGAAAUGAGUCCCUCUACUGGCAGAUUUAAGUAGGAGUAGCUGGUCCAGUUUCAUGCAUUUUGGGGAACCAAUUUAAUAAAUCAAAGAAAACGUAUUUUUCAAAUAAAAUAAGGAGAGCUAUCCAUUUCUUCCUUUUUUCCUUUCUCAUUCUUGUCUUGCCAUUUUGUAAAUCUUUUUUUUUAUUGUCUGUAAACUUAAUACUUUUUUAAAAAAA